AAGUUUCACACGAGCCGUUCGCGUGCAAUGCCAGAUAUAAAUAGAGGCGGCCAGAGCGGCGGCUCUGCAUUCACAUCACUGAUAAUAACACAAGUAAAGCAAUAGACAGACAGGGAGCCUCAUAAAAUAAAAGUGCACCGCCCGCCUUGGAAAUAAACUCGCAGGUUACCAGACGCGGAAAGAAGACAAACACACACUCACAUAUUUUUAAAGAAAGCUACAGAUCGCAAGGAACAGAUCGCUUCAUUCUAAUCUGCUGGAAACUUGUCUCAGAAAAUGCCAGCAGAUAUCAUGGAGAAAGCGUCCUCCUCCCCCGUGGCUGCCACCCCAGCUAGUUUAAACGCUACGCCAGAUAAGCCAAAAACGGCUUCUGAAAAUCGGAAGUCAUCCAAACCAAUUAUGGAGAAGCGGCGCCGGGCUAGAAUCAAUGAAAGCUUAAGUCAACUUAAAACUCUAAUCUUGGAUGCGCUGAAGAAGGAUAGUUCCAGACAUUCAAAGUUAGAAAAAGCUGACAUCCUGGAAAUGACAGUGAAACAUCUUCGAAAUCUGCAGCGUGUCCAAAUGACUGCUGCUUUGAGUACAGACCCAACAGUUCUGGGCAAAUACCGAGCGGGUUUCAGUGAGUGCAUGAACGAAGUGACCCGAUUCUUGUCUACCUGCGAAGGGGUUAACACAGAAGUCCGAACCAGACUGCUCAGUCACUUGGCAAACUGCAUGUCUCAGAUCAACGCCAUGAACUACAGCCAGGCGGCCCCCAGCCCAGCUGUGAGCGGCAGCUCCCACGCUGCUUUUGGACAACCCCUCCACGUCCAGUUGCCGGGAUCAGGAGGCAGCGGCAUGCCCCUGAACGGAGUCAACAUGCCUUGCAAACUGGCGGCUGCUGAGGCGAUGCCCGCUGCAGCGAAGGUCUACGGCGGUUUCCAGCUUGUGCCAGCGUCAGACGGCCAGUUUGCCUUCCUCAUUCCCAACACGGCGUUUGGACCCAAUGGACAGCUAACGGCAGGACCGGUCAUCCCUUUGUAUGCCAAUGCCAACGUGAGCGCGUUGCCCUCCGCCCUGUCUCCGGCCAGCAGGUCCCCAGUACAACAGCCCGCUAUCACCCCAGUAGCCGGCUUCCCGCUUCCACUCUCGGCUGCCACCACUGCAGUCAGUCCGGUCAGUGUGAAUGGACCGACAGAUUCCUCAGAUUCCGUCUGGAGACCUUGGUAACUGGGGCAUUUCGCGAAAAACAAGUGACUGGAAACUUUCUUUUCAAAAGCAAAAAGACUAUUGUUUUUAAAGUCCAUUUGAUGUAUAGAAUUGUAUAACAAUGUCCACAUUGUGCACUAUAUUUGUACAUACUUCUAAUCUUCAUAUCGAAUUGCAUUUGUCUUCUCAAGAUAUCUUUUUUUUUGCUGUGUUGAAAUGCCAAAGAUUAAACUGAAUGCUCUUAAAAGUAACUUCCUUUUUUUUGGAAGAUUUAUAUUUGAAAUAAAAA